AUGACAGAAUUAAGCAAUGCCUUUAAGGAAGAAAUCAUAAAGGGCCUAGAAAUGCAUAAGAAAUAUGGAUUAAAAUGGGUACCUGAAUUAUGCUCCUUAAGAAUGCUGGACUCCUGCGUCUCAAAAAUUCCAAAUGGAAAUGAAAAAGGAAUUUUUUAUGCAUUAGAUUUUGGUGGUACAAAUGUACGUGCAGUAAGAUGUGAAUUAAUAGGAGAUGGUAAGAUUAUAUCACAACAAUCUCUUAAAAAUUUAUAUGAAUGUGGAGGAGAAAUAGAUUUAAUGGCAAGAGAGACAUCUGCAUCUCUUUUAUUUGAUGUAUUAAUAUCUAAUAUAGAGGAAUUAAUUAAUAAAAAUAAUGAUAAAGAAAAACUUAAUAAACAACCAGCUAAAUUAGGGUUUACGUUCUCCUUCCCUUGUGCACAAAGUGAAUUAAAUAAUAGUGUAUUAGAGUCAUGGACAAAGGGUUUUGCUACUGGUCAUGAUACAGAUGAUCCUGUUGUAGGGAAAGAUGUUGUUGAAUUAUUAACUGCUGCUAUAAAAAGAAAGGGUUUAGGGUUAGAGUGUGCUGCAGUUGUUAAUGAUACUGUUGGUACAUUAUUAUCAUGUUGUUACCAGAAAGGUGUAUCCUCUCCUCCUUGUACAGUUGGUGUAAUAUUAGGUACAGGAAGUAAUUGUUGUUACCUAGAGCCACAAGCAAAAGAAUAUAAUUAUAAAGGAAAUAUUAUUAAUGUAGAGAGUGUUCGUCUUCUUUGUCUACAAAUCUUACAAGAUAAGGCACCACCUAAGGCUAAGGUUGAGUUCUCCUUUGAUGCGAAGCUAGCAGCAGUAUUAGCAGCAACAAUGAUACCAGAGGAGACAGGAGGAACAGGAGCAGCAGGAGCAGCAGCAGGAGCAGCAGCAGGAGGAGCAGGAGGAGCAGCAGGAGAGGAAGCAGCAGCAGCAAGAGUAAAAGAAAUACUAAAAGAUAAUUGGCAAUGGGAGGCAACAAGGGAAGAAAUAAAUAUUAUGCGUAAUAUUUCCUUUGCUGUCUUUGAUCGUUCUGCUGCACUUGCUGCUAUCUCUAUAGCUGUAUUAACAGAGAGAUCUAAGGCAUUAGAGAAUAAUGGUAAAGUAACAGUAGCAGUAGAUGGAUCAUUAUAUGUACGUAAUAAAUGGUAUGGUAAAAGAAUUGAAUAUUAUUUAUAUAAUUUAAUUGGUAUAAAUAAACAAGAAAGAAUUAUAUUAAGAGCAGCAGAUGAUGGAUCUG